CAAAGCAGGGUGAGGAGAGGAGGAGCAGGAGGGGGCCCUGGGUCACGAGGCCGCAGACUGCCGGAAAGGGCUCUCCUCCACCCCCAUCAGCGCGGACACUUGAGCAGGGGGUGUUCAAAGCCGGAGGUGAAACCCAAGCGCGAUACUGGAGGCUGCUGCUUCCCUGCCUCAGUUUCCCCCUCUGCGUGCAUCCGGGUACCUCACUCCCAGCGGCGCGCUGGGUCGGGGUCCUCAGAGACCCUGGGCCACUCCAGUGCCUGGGAGGACGUAAGGUGAGGCCCUGAGGGGUGACGGCCCUGUCCGUCGCCGGCCGGGGGCGGGGCCGUGAGGCCCCGGCUCGGAGCUCCCCGCCCGCCGGUUUCCUCCGGGGUCAGCCCGGCUCCUUAUCAGGCGCGGCCAGUCGGCCAGGGCCUUAUCUGUGCCGGCCCGGCAUCCUCCGGCGCGGCCCGGGGGUGAGAGGGAGGAAACUGGGCCGCCGGGGGCGGGGAGAGGGCGGGCCGGCCAGGAGCAGCUCACUUUCCCUCGAGGGAUCCACGCCGCCGUCGCCGGGGCCCUAGCGAGCCCGGGAAGAGGCGCGGCCCGACGUCGCUGCCGGGAGGGGGCGGCAAGCUCCCAGCGGCCCAGAGCGCAGAGGCCGGACCGGAUCAGGGCCACGGAGCCUGGCCUGCAGCCGAACCCGCAUCCUGGCCCUGCGGGACAGAGCCGGGGCUCUCACCAGGCAGCAGGACCAGCGCCGGGGUGAGCACCCCUUCGGGGUCCAUGUGCCCUCCCCAGGCCCAGACAGAGGUGGGCCCCACCAUGACUGAGAAGGCGGAAGUGGUGUGUGCCCCCAGCCCAGCGCCCGCUCCGCCCCCCAAGCCUGCCUCACCUGGGCCCCCAAAGGUGAAGGAGGUUGGCCACCGAGGCUCCUCCCCCCCCAGGCUGCCCCCUGGCGUGCCAGUGAUCAGCCUGGGCCACACCAGGCCUCCCGGGGCAACCAUGGCCACCACGGAGCUGAGCACCCUGCGGCCCCCGCUGCUGCAACUCUCUACCCUGGGAACUGUCCCGCCCCCCCUGGCCCUGCAUUACCACCCUCACCCCUUUCUCAACAGCCUCUACAUUGGGCCGGCAGGACCUUUUGGCAUCUUCCCCAGCAGCCGGCUGAAGCGGAGACCUAGCCACUGCGAGCUGGAGCUGGCCGAGGGGCACCAGCCCCAGAAGGUGGCCCGGCGUGUGUUCACCAACAGCCGGGAGCGCUGGCGGCAGCAGAACGUGAACGGCGCCUUCGCAGAGCUCAGGAAGCUGCUGCCAACGCACCCGCCCGACCGGAAGCUGAGCAAGAACGAGGUGCUCCGCCUGGCCAUGAAAUACAUCGGCUUCCUGGUGCGGCUGCUGCGCGACCAGGCGGCCGCUCUGGCCGCAGGCCCCGCCCCGCCCGGGCCCCGCAGACGGCCAGCGCACCGAGGCCCGAACGACAGCGCCCGCCGCGGGCCGUGUCGCAGGGCCGAAUCAGUGAUGCGCUCGCAGCCCGCGCCCCCGGCCGGCCCCGACGGCAGCCCCGACGGGGCGGCCCGGCCCAUCAAGACGGAACGAGCGGCCGUGAGCCCUGAGGUGCGGUGACCUCCGCGGGCGUGGCCUCGGAGCCGAGGGGCACCGGGAACUCAGCCCGGGGCGGUCGAGAAAGGGGCGGCCGAUGCUCUGCGCCUGCUCGGGAGCGAACUCCCCGGAAGAGGGACCAGUGAGGACGUUCCCAACGGGGGAAUAGGGCCCGGGGAUCUGGAGGGGCGACUGUCGCCCGCGGGGGACCCUGUAGGCCUUUUUACCACCCACCGCCCGCUGGAAAUGACCUUUCCCGCGUCUUCCUCCGGGGGACGAGGUCCCGGAACCAACAUGGCAGACAGGUCAUCGGACUAAAGUGGUGCCUUUUUUUCCGGGGCUGGGGUCACCGAGAGAGGUGGGGAGGGACGGGGUAGGGGGCUGGGCUUUGCCCUUCUCGCCGGCGCCCCCUCCUGGAGACUCACGGAUACGCGCUCCUGGACCGCGUCUGCGGCGCGCCAGGUGCGCGGAGGGAGGCGCAGAAUGGACGCCGGGACCCACCCCCCACCGAUCCCGAACCGGUCCCACACGACGGCGUUAGCAAAGGCUCGGGCGCUCUUACUUUUGUUUUUCUUUAUUUCUUUAUUUCACAUACACAUUAGCCAUUCAAUGGAGAAGCCGGAGAGAGUCAGGCAAAGAUGGUGUAACAGAAGCGCAGUGACGGGGGCGGGGCGGGGCGGGGCGGGGCGGGGCAGAGAGGGAACAGACGGGCUGGCUGCCUACUUGCAUUCCGCUAGGACACUGAAAACCCAGAAAACAAAACAGACAGUAAACUACCCUUGUUUCUUAUGUAUCUCAGUGCAGAGACGGGGGUGGAGGGCAGAGAGAGGGGGAGACCAGGCUGAAGGAAGAGGAGCGGAGGGACGGGGGACGCUAAGGGGGAAGCACACCAAAUCCAUUAGUACUAUAUAUAGAGAUACUCGUAUAUACUGCGUUUCUUAGCCUAAGAAGAAACUUGUUUGACGGGACGGGCGGCCUUUGCGGUCCGCGAUGCUGGUGCUGGUCGGGCGCACGGAUCUCCCGGGAGGGGCCGAAGCGGGGCUGGCCCAGGCUGGCUUGGGGGGGAGGGGGGCGCCCCGAGG